GGGGAACGCCGAGGUGGGGUGGGGGGCUGCCCGCGUCCCCUCCCCAGCGGCCUGACCGUGUCCUGGCUCUGAGAAACGCUUGGCUCCACCUUCCGCCCUUCCCUCCCCCGGUGCUAAGCAGCAAAGCCAGCGAGAGGCAUCCAGCCGGGGUAUUAGAAAAAACCAAGCCUCCCUCCAGGAAUGGCACUCGCCUGAUCACCUCCCCGGCAGCGCACCCCGAAGCCGGAGGGAGAGCAGAGGGGCGACUGGGAUACUGCAGCCCUCGCAGGAUUUGCCGGCCGCACCAGCCAGCAACUGAGAAGAAGGACACUGAGAAGGAAGAGACCAUGGCCGACGACCAAGACCUUUCAGAGGUGGAGAUGAGCCCGGUGGGCUCCGAAGACCACCACUGCCUCUCGCCGGGACCCUCUAUGGCAUCAGACAACUCUCCUCACCUCGCCGGCUCUGGGAACGGAGAGAUGGGCAAGGUCAAGAAGGAACAGCAAGACUCGGAGGCGGACGACGACAAGUUCCCCGUGUGCAUCCGCGAGGCGGUCAGCCAGGUGCUGAGCGGCUAUGACUGGACCCUGGUACCCAUGCCCGUUCGGGUCAAUGGAAGUAACAAGAGCAAACCCCACGUCAAGCGGCCCAUGAACGCCUUCAUGGUAUGGGCACAGGCUGCCCGGAGGAAACUGGCUGACCAGUACCCGCACCUCCACAACGCCGAGCUCAGUAAGACCUUGGGGAAGCUCUGGAGGCUGCUGAACGAAAGCGACAAGCGCCCCUUUAUCGAAGAGGCGGAGCGGCUGAGGAUGCAGCACAAGAAAGACCACCCCGACUACAAGUACCAGCCCCGCCGGCGGAAAAACGGCAAGGCCGCGCAGGGCGAGGGCGAAGGCCAGGUGGAGGCGGAGGCUGGCGGGGCUGCCGCUAUCCAGGCCCACUACAAGAACGCCCACCUGGACCACAGGCAUCCCGGGGAAGGGUCGCCCAUGUCCGACGGGCACCCAGAACACUCCUCAGGUCAGAGCCACGGCCCCCCCACGCCUCCCACCACCCCUAAGACCGAGCUGCAGGCAGGCAAAGCCGACUCCAAACGGGAAGGGCGCUCCCUGGGGGAAGGGGGAAAGCCCCACAUCGACUUCGGCAACGUGGACAUCGGGGAGAUCAGCCACGAGGUGAUGUCCAACAUGGAGACCUUUGACGUCAACGAGUUUGACCAGUACCUGCCGCCCAACGGACACGCUGGCCACCCAGGCCAUGUCGGGGGCUACGCGGCAGCCGCGGCGGCUGGCUACGGCCUCGGGAGCGCCCUGGCUGCGGCCAGCGGACACUCGGCCUGGAUCUCCAAGCAGCACGGGGUCUCCUUGUCCACCGCCACGUCACCGGUGGUGGACUCCAAGGCCCAGGUGAAAACGGAGGGGUCCGCCCCCGGAGGUCAUUACACCGACCAGCCCUCCACCUCCCAGAUAGCUUACACAUCCCUGAGUCUGCCCCACUACGGUUCGGCCUUCCCCUCCAUCUCCAGGCCCCAGUUUGACUACCCUGACCACCAGCCCUCAGGACCCUACUACAGCCACUCCAGCCAAGCCUCUGGUCUCUAUUCUGCCUUCUCCUACAUGGGACCUUCCCAACGUCCCCUUUACACCGCCAUCUCUGACCCUGCACCCUCCGUGCCACAGUCCCAUAGCCCCACACAUUGGGAACAGCCCGUCUAUACGACUCUCUCCAGACCGUAGGGAAUGGGGAACAGUGACCGAAGCAGCGACGGAAAGGCUCCGAAGAAUCAGCACAGGCAGAAGAGCCUCCGAACUCCGAGGUCACUCAGUGCCACCAUCCAGCCACCAAAACCCACUGAGUAUCUGGAAGUGCCUUUCUUGACCCCGGCUAUCGCUGGCUCACCCGCCUCGAGGAAGGUUUUUCGUCCUUUUGCCCUUUACCGAUUUCACGCAGGCCAUGCUACUGGCUUGCAACACCUUAUUGGCCUUCUAGAUGAGGAGGAUUCAAGACAUGGAGUGACUGGUCCGUGGCGGGCUUCGUUGUGUGCACCCUGGAUUUCAGAGAAGAGACACUGUCCUUUCCUUCCCCUCCCCAGACUCCUCCAGUGAGUUAGCAAGUGUUUCCAAAAGACCACAACGGCCGACUCUUUGUCACCUGCUGUGGGUGAAGGGUGGCUGCUCAGCCGUGGUGAACAUGUUGUGGGAGGAGGAGCGGGGAGGACGGCACAGCCGGCUUCCUUGCGAUCAGUGUUGCGCAGCAGUCCUGCCCAAGAUUCACACAUGCAUGAAUCUCGAUCCCCGUUUGAAGACCAACUUACGCUUGCUUCCCCGCUGAUUUCCACGACUGCGCCCUAGCUUUUCUCCUCGCCUCUUCUCUCCGUCCUGCCUCUGUUUAAUCCCACACUCCUUCCUGCAUGGAUUUUUUUGUAAGGCUUGACUGAACAAUGCGUAGGACUCAGGAACUGCAUUGUCACUCUUAGCCUUUCUCAUAUCAUAGCCUGUGUGUGCACGUGUGUUCGUGUAUGGAGGUGCAGGAGAGGUGGGGCAGGACCUGUGGAUCAUUAAGGUGCUGUGAGUGAAUCCUCCUUUCUUACAAUUACUUUAUAUCGUUCACUUGUGUCUGGUAUUUCUGGCAUCUCAGUCGUUUCUAAUCUCUUCAGUAUCCCAAACAACCUCUGAGCAAACCUAGUCCUUGCUCUUCCAGUGCCUGACCAUGCCUCCCUGAAAGUGGAGGCACCAAGAAAGCUACUGUGCACUUGCCAACACCCAGAGGCAAUUGCAUUGCUCACUUUGAACCCCUGCUCCAAACUCAGGCUGAUGUGGCGUGCAUCCCUGCUCAUUUGUUCAUCACAUAUUGCCAUCCGUCAACACUGCCCUCCUACCUUCACUGGGGAUGGAAAGAUGCUCCUGUGGCUUUAAGCAAGGUAGAUACGCACCCAGUCUUGGAUGAGUGUAAAGAAAACAAGCCUGGUUAGGUGCAGAAGAACUCAUUUUUGCCUCUGGGAUUCGAACUGGAAGCGAGCAACUCUUGCAGUCAGAUCAACCCUCUUUUUUUCAGCCCAACGCCUGAGGACACUCUGCUGACUUCUCCUUUGACACCUCCAGGACUGGGGUGGUUUGCCAUGCCAGGGAGCGAAUUGGCACAGAAGUUGCUGCAGGAAAAAAAAUGACUCCUGGCAAUUGAUCGCAGAGACAUGUUGUGGGACCUUCCAAUGGAUAAUCCAGUCUAGAAAGAUAAAAUACUUGGACCAAACAUGGACUGUGAUCCGUGCCGCUGUUUCCCUCUGCUGUUAUGACUGUCAGAUGCCCUUCCUGCCUCCCUUAGCUAUGGAUGACUUCUCCUCGUGGUGUCUGAAAAGAUCAUGUAGAAUGUUUGCUCCCUGUACGCAUGUAACCUGUUCAAGCCCUGUCCCCUUAUUUAUGCAAGUAGCACCUUCCUCCCCCAGCUCCCUUUCCCCAGUCUCUAUGCUGUCCUAGCACCAUUAACUCUGCAUUAAACAUAUGGAAUAAUAAACUUAAAAGUUUCA